AUGAUUGGACGCUGCAUGCUUGUCAGGAAGAAAGAGCUGCUGUGUUGAGGCCGAUAACUCAGACACAAGCAGGACCCUUGGACGAUACUGGAGUACCUCCGUGGUAGGAAUAUACUCUACUGGACACUGGGAAGGCAUUUUAACUAACCAAGCUUCCGCGGAGCACUGCCCGAGUCUCCCUACUCCUGCUGUCGAGGCCGCCGUGGUUCUGUGUCUCCCCUCCGACAGUGUGUCGUUACCUGCAGGUCACAGUAAUCCGGACCCACUGCUAUUAAUGAGAUUGAGAGGAAACCAACCUGUCUGAGAUUUAAGUUUCUAUCCAGCCCGGAGGAAACAUACAAGCUCAGCUACCAGCUCAGCUGUUGCUGCUGGUAGCUGGGGCUAACAGCUGAGGCUUCCGGACCGGAUAAACAUCCCGAUAAAGCUCCUACUACAUGGACCAAGUCAGCUGCGGACCAUAGUCUCAUUUUGCGCAGGGAGAACUGUUAUGACUGAUCUAUAGCAGCAGUUUUAUAAGCAACAUCGUGGGCUGUUAAUGGAGAUAUAUUUGACUAAGGAACCCUAAAAGCAGCAGUUUGAAGCCGCAGUGCCAUGAAUCAGCCUGGACAACAGCUGUUACCCACAUAGAGGUCACUUUACCUCUCUUUCCAUUACUUCAGUCCAGAGGAUGCUGGGAAUGUGUCGUGGGCGCAGGAAGUUCCUGGCGGCCUCUCUCGCUUUGCUCUUCAUCCCAGCACUCACCUGGCUUUACCUGUCAGUCGGGAGCUUUCAAGUGAAGCCCCUCCCCCUGUCUCCAUUGGAAGUUCAAUCAUCAACGUCAUUGGGCGGAGCUGGCGAGCGGCAAGCCUUAGAGCUGCGAGUUCGGGCAGUGGAGGAAGAGAACCGGGCACUGCGCCGUGAGCUGAGCCGGCCACCCAGGAGCCCGUCUGCACACCUUCCAAGCGCCGGUCACCAUGGCAACCAAAGCAGAACCCAUUCAGAGGAAGGUACCGGUGACAAUGAGGGCCAGAAAGCUGCUUCAGUAGGAAACAGCUCAGACUGUCUGCAGCUACCAGUGGUGGAUAAGUGUGAGACCAUCCACGUGGCGAUCGUUUGUGCAGGUUACAACGCCAGUCGAGACGUGGUGACACUGGUUAAAUCUGUCCUUUUCCACAGGCGGAACCCACUACAUUUCCAUUUCAUCACAGACUCCAUUGCUCAGCAGAUCCUGUCCUCUCUGUUCCAUACCUGGAUGGUCCCUGCUGUCAAGGUCGACUUCUACGAUGCAGAUGAGUUGAAGUCUGAGGUGUCAUGGAUCCCCAACAAACAUUACUCUGGAAUCUAUGGCCUGAUGAAGCUGGUGCUCACUAAGACGCUGCCGUCCGACCUGCAGCGAGUCAUUGUCCUGGACACAGACAUCACAUUUGCCACUGACAUUGCUGAACUCUGGGCUGUCUUCCACAAGUUCAAAGGUCAGCAGGUUCUUGGUCUGGUGGAGAACCAGAGUGACUGGUAUCUGGGGAACCUUUGGAAGAACCAUCGGCCCUGGCCGGCUCUGAGUAGAGGCUUCAACACUGGUGAGGGGUUUGUUCUUCUCCUGGAUCGUCUGCGAAAGCUGAGAUGGGAGCAGAUGUGGAGGCUGACUGCAGAGAGAGAACUAAUGAGCAUGCUGUCCACCUCCCUGGCAGACCAGGACAUCUUCAACGCUGUGAUCAAACAGAACCCUUUCCUGGUUCACCAGCUGCCCUGCUUCUGGAAUGUCCAGCUGUCCGACCACACCCGCUCUGAGAAGUGCUACAAAGACGUGUCAGACCUCAAGGUGAUCCACUGGAAUUCUCCCAAGAAGCUGCGAGUAAAGAACAAGCAUGUGGAGUUUUUUCGGAAUCUCUAUCUUACCUUUCUGGAGUACGAUGGCAACCUGCUGCGAAGAGAGCUGUUUGGAUGUCCCAGCGAGGCUGACCACAACAGUGAGAACCUUCAGAAGACUCUGUCAGAGCUGGAUGAAGAUGAUCCUUGCUACGAGUUUCGUCGAGAACGAUUCACCGUCCACAGAACGCACCUCUACUUCCUCCACUAUGAGUAUGAGCCCAGAUCUGACAACACUGAUGUUACUCUAGUUGCCCAGCUCUCUAUGGACAGGCUCCAGAUGUUGGAGGCUAUAUGUAAACACUGGGAAGGUCCAAUCAGCCUGGCCCUGUAUCUGUCCGACGCUGAGGCCCAGCAGUUUCUGCGCUAUGCUCAGGGCUCCGAGGUGCUGAUGAGCCGCGGGAACGUUGGUUACCACAUCGUCUACAAAGAGGGACAAUUCUACCCAGUCAACCUGUUGCGUAAUGUUGCCAUGCAGCAGGUCAACACACCUUACAUGUUCCUGUCAGACAUCGACUUCCUGCCCAUGUAUGGCCUGUAUGAGUACCUCAGGAAGUCAGUGGUGCAGCUGGACAUGGCCAAUGCCAAGAAAGCUUUAGUGGUUCCAGCUUUUGAGACGCUGCGAUAUCGUCUUUCAUACCCAAAGUCCAAGGCCGAGCUGCUCUCUCAGCUGGACAUGGGCACACUCUUCACCUUCAGGUACCAUGUGUGGACUAAAGGCCACGCACCAACUAACUUUGCCAAAUGGCGGACAGCAACUACGCCCUACCAGGUGCAGUGGGAACCCGACUUUGAGCCCUACGUCAUGGUAAGGAGAGACAGUCCUGAGUAUGACCGCCGGUUUGUGGGCUUCGGCUGGAACAAGGUGGCUCACAUCAUGGAGCUGGAUGCACAGGAGUAUGAGUUUGUGGUUCUGCCCAAUGCUUACAUGAUCCACAUGCCUCAUGCGCCCAGCUUCGACAUAACCAAGUUCCGCUCCAACAAGCAGUAUCGGGUCUGCCUUAAGACCCUGAAGGAGGAGUUCCAGCAGAACAUGUCGCGGCGCUACGGCUUCGCCGCCUUAAAAUACAUGACGGCUGAGAACAACAGCUAGCCACAACUGCAGAUCCUCACACCCCCGGCCCUGAACUACUGACACACUGCAUGGGCUGGGCUGGGUUUGGGUGGGGGGGUUGCACAGGAAAUGGACAGCCCAUGUGAGUCCAUCAAGAUACUUUGAGACUAGAGUCCCGCUGACUUUAUUAGAACGUUUGCCCCUUUUCUGUGUGGGACUACAAGGGUCUUUAUGUCCAUUAUUUGUCCUCUGCUGUGGAUUGGAGAGAUACUCCAGAAGGAGAUCACUUCUGUCAGGAUGUAGAAGCUGUGAAAGACAACAUUAGUGACAGCUAGGGACGGGCCCCGACUGUGUGGACCCUGAGCCCUGAAAUCAGACAGACAGCAGGCAAGGAAAGCAGACAUUCAAUGCCUUGCCAUAUUUGUAAAGCCAGUGACAGAGUUGUGGGCUGCGUGUAACAUUAUGUAUGUAUGAAUGGGUGUGAGUGUGUGUACAUGCAGGUAGAUGAAAAGUGUGAUGGUGUGUUUGUUUCUCCAGGACAGUGUUUAGCAAAAAGGUCAGGGAGAGCUUAAGAGGUAAAGCAUUGUGGGCCUACAUUUUGUUUGCACGCCUUCCAAGUGCCGACAACAAGCAGCAGCAGUCUGAAUGACAGCACGCCCCGACUCAAAUGUGAAUAGUGUGACCAGGCGGCAGGAUAAAGCUGUAUGCAUGUCAACACGGAUUUUAAAAAUCUAAUUGUGAUGAGUGGCACACACUCAGAUACUGAAGCAUCCUUUUUGUAUGACAAGGGAAGUGCAAAGAUGGCUGGAGGUUGUCCAUGCGGUUGAUAUUUAGGGUAUCUUCACAUCAGCCUGAGCGUGCUGCUAGAGAUUGUUUUGUUACAACUACAGAAUCUGACAGCAGCUGGUGCAGUGAAUAUCCCACACAGAGCAGCACGAGGCAAAACACUCAAUCACUGAGCUCACUUUUUACUAUUCUUUCCAACAACCAGUAUUAAUUAUCAGUGUGUUACAGUCCUGACGGAUGGAGCAAGAAGGGUUAGUUUCUCCUCCAUCAGGAGGAUCUGAAGAGGACAGGAAAGAGAGUUUAAACUCUGAAACUCAACCACUUGUUCUAGCUAUUUCCUUCUUACUCUGGCCUCUAGUUUGACAACAGUAGAGUGGCGUCUAAUAACCCUGGAGUGGUGGGUGUUCUCCUGUUUGUGUUCUUACACACCAUCAGGUUGGGUGUAGUGAUCCUGAUAUGGUUUUGAUAUGUUUAGCUGGUUAACUUUUUUAUAAUCUGUGACAGACCAGUCAUUAUCAAAUUAGAACCCAGGGUGAUGCAGGUGUUAAUUUGCAAUGAUGUUCGGUUGGCUCUACAUUAUCCCACUUAUUACACAGUUUAUUAAACGGCCAUGGCCUGAAGUUAACGUUUAUUGGCCACCAACCACAGAGGCAGGUGUUUUUUUAAAUCCAGUAGCCACACUUUUUAACAGCCUUUUUUGCCACAUUAAGUUGAAAUGGAGGAAAUGGACAAGCAUCAUUCUUUAACUUGUUUAAGUGAUGUCAAGUUUUUAACAAAAUUAAUAUAAUUAAUGACUCUUUUUGUUGGUUGCUUUUUUCAGAGGGCCUCUUCACUCCACUUAUGUGCCACCACAUUUUUUAGCUAAAAUCCAAGGAAAUGAGGGACUUGCUUGAAAUGUGAAAAAACAACAUUGGCAACAAAAACUAAUGAAUCACUCAAUUCUCAUUGGCUAACCACCAACAUGACAGGUAGAUUGACAGAAGAACUUCUUCAUGCUACCACUUUAGUUUUAACAAAAACAUUACAACAACUACUAUCAUUAAAGACAAACUCAUUGAUGAAUUGCAUUGUGGACUAUGAGGAUGACAAACGUUUUACCUUCUGUAUGGGCUCCUAUUCACAGAGCUUCCCCUACACAGAUCAUUAAAGUAAUCAGGGAUUGAAAAACUACAACAACCGCUCACUCCGUUGUCUCUAUGAUCAUAUGUGUAGAGAUUGCUGAAGUCGCUUUUUUGUUUAAUGUGCCGGUAGGAAAGAUGGUUAAUUACAGUGUGGCUUUAGUUGCCAUUAUCCCAUGUGAUGUGAGUCCACGUCCAAAGAUUGCUUACUGAUUUCCAUCCCGUUCAGUCACACAUCUCCUGCCACUUUCAUGCCCAACAAAUAUAAUCAAUAAAAAAAUCACAUACAUAAUUUGAUACACUUGAAAACGCAGAGGACAGUUUUGUUAAAGUACUAUUUCCAAGGUCAAGAAUGUACUUUAAUUCAAAUGAGAAGUUGUAAAAAGCUUGCAUGUCAACAAAGUCAUCACCGUGACAACUGAGCAUCCUCCAUGUGAUAAUGAAAACCAUGAAAUAUGAUUAAAAGCUUAAUUAAAAAUUGCAAGUGGACCUUGAGUUGGAAUUGUUUUGUCAAACAUUUUACACAGUCAGGCUGGUUGUUAUUCAUUAUAAGUGCAUGUGAAAAUGUUAAAGGAAAAAUAGUAGGAUACAUUUUCUUAUUUUGAAGAUGCAUUGUGAAACUAGAGGCCGCUCUCUCUCUAUUGCUCUCACUCUCUCUCUCUCUCUCUCAGUCAUGACAGCAGUCUCUCACUGUGUACAGGAAAGAUGCCAUAGGGCUUGGUGUAGUGUUGUGUUUGCGUGUGUGUUUGUGUGCCUGUGUCUGAUUGUACAUUUAUGUUCAGUAUGUAGUUGUGUGAAGUUUGACUGUUCUGAACGUGUGUGGCGUUGCCGGGCUGGAAUUAGCUGCAUUGUGUAAGUAGGACAGUGCUGACUGAUGCUGCUACCUGAAUAAAAGCAAAAACUCAAACAC